UCAUUCAAUUCAAGCUAAACACAACCAAGAGCUAAGAUUAAAUUCAAACAACAUGCAGACUAGCAGCGUUUUAAUUGUAGCCCUGGUGGCUUUCACAGCCUGUGUGGAGUGCAUGCCACAGCACUUCCAAACCUUGCCUUACUAUCCCAAGCAAACAUCGCCACCACGUACUUAUCGAGUGCGCCGUCAGGUUUUGGGUGGCUCGGUUGCUUCCAAUCCCGCUGGUGGCGCUGAUGCUAAGCUGGCGCUUAGCAAGGGCAUCGGAACUCCCGAUCACAAUCUCAUUGGCUCAGUUUUUGCUGCUGGCAACACAGCCAAAGGACCGGUUACCACUGGAGGCUCGGUUGCCUACAAUAAUCAUGGCCAUGGCUUUGAUCUGACCAAGACACACACGCCCGGCGUACAGGACAGCUUCACCCAAUCGGCUCAUGCCAAUCUCUUUAACAAUGGCGUGCACAAUUUGGACGCCAAAGUCUUUGCCUCACAGAACAAGCUGGCCAAUGGCCUUGAAUUCCAACGCAAUGGCGCUGGCCUGGAUUACUCGCACAUCAAUGGACAUGGCGCUAGUUUGACGCACAGCAACAUUCCCGGCCUUGGCAAGCAGUUGGGUUUGGAUGGCCGUGCCAAUCUCUGGUCAUCUCAAGAUCGCAACACUCGCUUGGACCUGACUGGCAGCGCUUCCAAGUGGACCAGCGGACCACUCAACGGCCAGACUAACUUUGGUGGCGGUCUGGGUCUGACCCAUUUCUUCGGUUAAAGCUUUUAUAACAAUUUAAACUUUUAGUUAUUUAUUUUAUAUUAAAUGGAAAAUAAAAUACAAAAAUCAAAUUCAGC